AUGAAUAAUUUUCUGUCCUUCCUUUUCGUGACACUUCUGAGCGCCUUCAUUUAUAUAUGUUACCUGUAUUGCCUUCAAGAUGAAUACCUAAACAGCUACAGCCGCACUGUACGCAUAAUCCUCGGAAUGCUGAGCGCCCCCUUUUUUGUUUGUUACUAUUGGUCCUUUUUAAAGUGCUCCCUUCACAACCCUGGAUACGUGGACACCACGUGGGAAUCAAACGCAGAAGAAAACAGCAUACAAAUCGAAAAGCGGAAAAUUAGGAACUACAUGCCGAAUAAGUAUACCAUCUGCGACAAGUGCAACUUCCUCGUGAGGCCAGAGAGGGCCCACCACUGCCGGUCCUGCAAAAGAUGCGUGCUGAAGAUGGACCACCACUGCCCAUGGAUAGGCACCUGCGUGGGCGAGAGGAAUUUGAAGUUCUUUUUCCUCUUCUUGUUCUACGGGCUGCUCACAACGCUGUACAUUGCCGUUACGAUUAGCCCGAAAUUUAUAUUGGCCCUACACAAAAGCGAGAGCAACAAGGCCUCCGAAACGCUGCACCAUGGCGCCUUGCUGAUCAGUAAAGAGAACAGGAGAAAUAUAUCCCCCCCAGUGGCUGUCUGUGCUUCCCUGACAAUGAUGAUAGCCCUAAUUUUCAUGAACUGCCAGUACAUUUAUUUCAUUUCUCGUAAUGUCACUAUAAUAGAGUCGUCGUACACGGAUAAGGUGAACAAAAGCGAAAGAAAGCAGUUGAGUCUACAUUGGAAUCCCUAUGACCUGGGCACCUACAAUAACUGGAAGAUGGUGUUUGGCGAAUUCAAGUGGAAGUGGUUCUUCCCCCUCACCCCCGAAAAGCUUUAUCCCACCAGAGACUACCUGUAUCCGCUGAAUGACAUAUACCUCAACAUCAACAACGUUGACAUGGAUGAUUCAUUUUUGGCUAGCCAUAACCAAAGUCUGAAAGAGGAAAACGUUUGA